AUGGCGCAGUUCAUAAUGCCGCUGGUCGUACUUGUUGCUGUUUUCCUGUCAUCAGAAAUUUCUGAAGUUGCAGCGAUUGUGUGCACCAUUGGCCAAGAACCGAACCCAAACUCUAACCACGGGUACAGUUGGGUGAUUCCGGUAGAAGACCCAUGCAAGUGCACAGAGGUGAUGCUCGGGGGAUUUUCAACGCAUACACCUCAAAGAGUAUUCAACGUGACUUACUACGACAACUAUCUGCAAAGUAACGACCACAAAGAGAUCAAACAUUGGCUGAAUUGCACUGAAAGUUUGAAGAAACCGAAAGAUUGUGCUGAAAUUCUCGCCGAGGGUGUGACUGAGAGUGGUGUGUACACGAUCAAACCACUAGAUUCCGGUGAGCCGUUCAUGGUGUAUUGUGAUAUGGAGACAGACGGAGGAGGAUGGACGGUUUUCCAGCGGCGUCAGGACGGCAGUGUUAAAUUCUACCGGCUGUUUGUCAAGUACAGCCGGGGCUUUGGGAAUCUAGAGGGAGAGUUUUGGCUCGGUAACGACAACUUGCACCGUCUGACUGAUCAGGGCGAGUACGAACUCCGCGUUGAUCUCUCAGAUUUCGAGAACGAAUCCAGUUAUGCCUACUAUGACUCGUUCAGCAUCGCCGACGAGAGUGACAAGUAUAGGCUUAACUUGGGAAGUUUCAAUUCAUUAUCGACCGCAGGUGACUCAUUGAGCUAUCACAAUAACUGUCAGUUCUCUACCAAGGACUUAGACAACGAUAACUAUUCGUCGGACAACUGUGCCCAACAUUUCCGUGGCAGUUGGUGGUACAAUAACUGCCACCAAUCAAAUCUUAACGGGUUGUACUUUCACGGGGCCAACACAGAAUUCGGUAAUGGAAUCAUUUGGAAUGCCUGGAAGGGAUACCUCUACUCACUCAAAACCUCGGAGAUGAAAAUAAGAGCCAAACCAUAAGAAGAGCUAGUCCCUAUUUCCUGACCCAUGCUUUCCAUAUUCUUCUGCUCAAACGACGUCAUGCAAAGUAUUUGAUUAUUAUGCGCUGUGGGCGAAAAUGUCAACUGUAAGCAAUACCGUACUUAAGUUGAGCCCGGUUUCUGUUCCUAACUUAGAAUUAAUC